CUGGAUCUGUCUGUCUGUCCUUCCCUGUUGUCCUGUUGCAGGGAGCCACAUGGCUGGCAGCUGGCUCACAUGCCCAGAGUGAAGCCCUCCUGUGUGAUGAUAAACUCAAUUAGCUCCAUAACACCAGACAACAUCCCCAACACUAUGAGGUGUCCUGAGGCACUCUAUUCCUCUGUAUAAGAGUCUUUUUCUUCCUCUUUCCUGUUCACCUCUCUUCUGCUCAUCAUUUUACCAUGACCUCUGCUACCAUGACCUCUGCUACCAUGACCUCUGUAACGGAGUAAGAAAUCACAUGAAAGACAGGAACUGAAAUGAUGAGGUGGUUGUAGAGAAAGAGGGAGGGAGUGACUCAGAGUGAGAGAGAGAGAGCUGUGCAUUUUGUUGAUCUUUGUCAGUAACUCUCUCCUCCACUGGGACCACCAGCACUGAUCCCUGUUGGACCCCAUUAACUCCUUCACGUCAGAUCAGUGGUGGAGUGGCUAGAACCACUCCAUCAACACAUAUGACUCAGGCAGCCGCACACACAAAUAGUCUACUCUACAUUACUGGGUUUGCCUGAGGAUGUGUGCUGUGCUGGCGACACCAGCCUUACACAUGGCAGAGGAAAGAGAGUUGUCUGAAGCCACAGGGCUUCCUUCUUCCUCAGUGUGAAGUGUGAGAACAGUCUCUUGUUCCCAGUCAGCCCAGCAGUUAGAGCAUCUCUGUAUGCACAGCUCACUUCCCCUCCUGUCUUACAUGUAUUUUCUGACUCUGAGCACAGUAAGAGACUGGUCCACAUGGAGCGGGCACAUACGUUCCAUCCAAAAGGUUGUCUUGGCAAAUAGUUGUGAACACAUAGUGUCACCACCACUCCAAUAUAAUGUUGUGUCAUUGUCACCACUGUCUGUCUGUCUGUUGUUGUGGCUUGGCUUCCUCUCACACUCCCCACAUCGUCGUAUGACUAAUUGAUGAGGCUUGGAGCCAGGUAGGACUAUGUUCACCCCUAGGCUUGGUGUUGUCAUACCUGAGUUGGAAUGAAAGGAGGACCCCUCCUUUACUGUACCUCUGGGCUCUGGAAGGUUUCUGCUUCAAAGGUUGAAAGGGAACUAAUUGAGUCACAGCCAAUGCAGCGGAAGUCCUUGAGGGACCAGUGGCUGAGCGAGAACCCUCAGCCUGUCCCUGGGCGCAGCGCUGAGAACCACACAGAGGAGUUGCCAACUGAAGAGGAUAUAGUGGAGGUCAUUGAAUCCACAAGCUACACAGUCACCAAUGCCCAGAACCACAGCCAGGCUGACAUUGAAGAGGGUGGGAUACAAGACAUCAUCAGAGCUGCUGGGGGUCAGCUCCCUGGGCCAGUAAUGGAAAGGGUUCUCCAUGAGAAUGGACUGGAAGGUCGAUCAGUGCUGGGGAUGGUUGCAGUGCAGGUGGAGAGGGAUUCAAAGACAGGGGUCACCAAGAUCAGGUCUGUGGUGCCCGUGUCUGGAGCACCCAGGGCCUUGGGGGAGACGGUGUUCAAUGACAGCAGGAAGAGCGUCCACCACGUCGGCGGGGCAGAGGGGCAGCCUUCUGCUGAGGAGCUGGGACAGCUCCUUAGUGUCAUCAACGAUGUCGGGAUGCAAGUGCUGCUGGAUGAGAUCCCAGUUGUACCACAACAGAAGGCAGAGGAGAAGAUAGAGGUUGGUGGUGGGAUGGAAGAGGAGGUGGACAAUGUGGAGGACCCUGCCACACCUACAACCCUGGGCUACACUGAGGAAGAGGUUGAGGUUGUGGGGCAUGAGGAUGAUGAGAUGGACGAGGAGAUAGAAAUAGGGGUGGUGGAAACUGUGGAGGGCCCUAUCCGACCGACCGACCUGGGCUACAAUGAGGAAAAGGUUGAGGAUCUGGGCUAUGAGGAUGAUGAGAUGGACAAGGAGACAGGAGUAGGUCAGGUAGACCUUGUGGAGGGCACUGUCACACUGACCUUCCUGGGCUACACUGAGGUAAAGUCAAAGAGCGAGGGUCUGGGCCAUGAGCAUGAUAGAGAGUUGGUGGAGGUGGAGAGGGUGAUCAUUUCUGACGCGGGUGAGGAGGAGAUUGUUCUUCAGUCUCCGGUUCUUGGGUCUGAGACUGAACCCUUCCUGUGCUACACUGAGCAAGAGGUUGAGGCUGUGGUGCAUGAGGAUGAUGAGGAGGACGUGAGUGGAUUAGUUGUCUUUGUGGAGGGCCCUGUCCCACCUGUCAUCCUGGGCUACGCUCAGGAAGAGGUUGAGGAUCUGGGACAUGAGGAUGAUCACCCCAGACCAACCCCACGUUACAGAGCCGAGGAAACAGGAAAGAGGGCAUCCAAACACAAUACCAAGUGCUGCUCUAUCAUGUGAUUCUGCACAUGAUAGAGCAUCACCCCCCCAUUCCUCUAAGCUAUGCCACUCAUGAUGAAUGGUCUGUAUGCGUGGCCUAAAUCUACAACAUUGUCUAAAUUGCACAGGAUGUGCUCCAGAGAAGCGUGCCUUUGCUCCUCAUCUAAAAUGUCACUGGUAUCCUCUGAGACUACAGUCCCACAUGGCUUGUGUCAUGGAGUGUUUACUGUUAUCCUCCUCUCUUCAAACAGCUCUGUGAACAGACUCCAGUGUGACUGUUACAAAGCCCUUCUGCCUCCUGCUGGACACAGUUCAGUAAUGCAACUCGGUUUUACUGCCAGAAUCCCAGCAGCACUCAUCUCACACUCCUCCUCUGCCUUUGGGAUUGGUUGUAUCAGCCCAAAAAAAGUACUCAGCAUUAUGUCCUCUAGGAAUGAACCAAAGAUGAAGAAUAGAACAACCACUGAUCUGUUUCUUUUUGGAAAUAGAUUUUUAAAUAUUAAUCUCAGAAAUGCCUGAUGUGCCUAUUUCAAUUUCAAUGGCAAAUAACCAUUUUGUUCUCUACUUUUAGAGUGUCCUCAUCAGUAAUACAAAUGUAAUGGUUAUGAAUAUGAUACUAUAUUCCGUCAGUGACCAAAACAGUCUGUUAAAGAAGGGUUGGUUGCCAUUACAUUUAUUCAGUGCGAUUUGUAUGUGUAAGUGUGUUUGAUAGUUGAAUUUUGAUUUAUCCAUGUCUAUUAAAACCUCUCUGGGAUAUGUGGGACAGUAGUGUCCCACCUGGCCAACAUCCAGUGAAAAUGCAGAGCGCCAAAUUCAAAUAAAUUACUCUAAAAAUUA